AGAGGUGACAAGUAGUGACAAUGGAUAUUAGAAAGUAAAAAUUUUUUAAAAAUGUCAAUUUAAUUUUUUUGAAAACAGGGACAACACAAAAUUAAAAUGAAAAUUGAUUAAAAUUUCCAUGCCAUUAAUUUUAUAUUAGAGCUACCUUUUGUGCCCAAUAAUUAUUCCAUCCAUUCAAUAUGGCUUGGAGAAGUCAUGGGGCAAAUAAUGCAGAUAUGAUUUGGAAUCUUCGAGCAAAUGGCAUUAUAAAAUCAGAUGCCGUAUCUAAUGCAAUGACAGCAGUUGAUCGCAAAAAUUACUGUCCAUAUGCUCCAUACCAUGAUUCACCUCAAUCUAUUGGAUACUCUGCUACUAUUAGUGCACCUCAUAUGCAUGCUCAUGCAUUAGAGAAAUUAAAGGAUCAAUUGGUUCCUGGUGAAAAAGCGUUAGAUGUAGGAUCAGGGAGUGGCUACCUGACAGCAUGUAUGGCUUUUAUGCUGGGAGAAACAGGACGAGUGGUGGGCAUUGAACACAUACCAGAACUUGUUAAUUUAGCAACAAAAAAUAUUAAAAAUGAUAAUUCACACCUGCUUACCUCAGAAAGAGUAAAAUUAAUUGUUGGUGAUGGAAGACAAGGCUAUCCAUCUGAAGCACCUUUCAAUGCAAUUCAUGUUGGAGCUGCUGCUCCCAACUUACCUCAAAUGUUAAUAGAGCAGCUCAAACCAGGUGGACGCCUUAUUGUGCCUGUUGGUCCUGAGGGUGGUGAACAGCAUCUUACACAGGUUGACAAAGCAGCCGAUGGUACUACAACCGUGAAGAAAUUAAUGAGUGUAAUCUAUGUUCCUCUAACAGACAAAAAACACCAAAUUCGUCCUUGGCGUUAGUUUGCAUUGUUCAGCAUGUUCUCAGAUGAUUUAAAUAAAGUCACAAGUAUUGUAAUAAAUAAUAUAUUAUAGUGAUUGACCACUGAAUUUCAUAUUUGUAAUC